GCCGGGUUAUGAUGAUCUCCAAUCACUUAAAUCAGGCACGUCUUUCCAACUAUGCCACUUGCUGUCACCUUAAAUUGUUCUUGCACACGAACAAGAUACACAGUCGAUUUUCAACUUCAAUUCACAAUGUCUCGUAUGAAUGGGUUAGCACGAAGACUCUACCUUGGCAGGGACCUGCGAGGAUCCCUCCUCCGACGUCCAGCCCGCUGCGGCUUCUCCACUACUACCACGCGCCCGUUGAUGGAACUGACUGGCUUUACGGAGAACCAACUGACCGUCCGAGAUGCCGUAUCGGCCGUCUGCGCCAAAUUCCCCAACACCUACUGGCAAGAGUGUGAUCAAAACGAGCGCGAUCCAAAGGAGUUCCACGCCGCCCUCGCUCAGGACGGAUGGCUAGGCAUUGCGCUGCCAGAGGAACUUGGGGGUGCUGGACUCGGCAUUUCGGAAGCAACGAUGAUGAUGCAGACCAUUACUCAAUCGGGCGCAGGUAUGGCCGGCGCCCAGGCCAUCCACGCUAACGUGUAUGCGACACAACCGCUGGCUCGGUUCGGUACGCGUGAGCAGCUGGAGGAGACGAUCCCCAAGAUCAUCAACGGCACGUGGCGGACGUGUUUCUGUGUAACGGAGCCGAACACGGGCCUGGAGACGCUGAAGCUGAAGACGCUGGCGACCAAGAUCCCCUCUCGUGAUGCCUACUCGGUGACCGGGCAGAAGAUCUGGAUCACCUGUGCGCAGGUGGCCGCGAAGAUGAUCCUUCUAGCGCGGACUACACCGCUGGAGGAGGUGACCAAACCGACCCAGGGCCUGUCGCUGUUCUGCAUCGACUUGGACCGCGAUCAGCCUGGUCUGGACAUGCGCAAGAUCAAGAAGAUGGGUGGCCGCGCGGUGGACGCUAACGAGGUGUUCUUCGAUCAGUAUACCAUCCCGGCGAAGACGCUGAUCGGGCAGGAGAAUGACGGGUUCCGCAUUAUCCUGCACGGCAUGAACGCGGAACGGUGUCUGCUGGCCGGCGAGGCCCUGGGAUUGGGCUACGCGGCGCUGGAGCGCGCAGCGCAGUACGCCCAGGAGCGAGUCGUCUUUGGCCGGCCGAUCGGGCAGAACCAGGGCAUCGCGCACCCGCUGGCGGAUGCGUACAUGAAGCUCGAGGCGGCCAAGCUGGCCACCUACCAUGCGGCGCGUCUCUAUGAUGCAUCGCACAAGGACGAGAGCAUCCCCGCGCACUCGGUGGGUGUGGCCUGCAACAGUGCGAAGUACCUGGCGGCCGAAGCGGCUUUUACCGCGUGUGAGCGGGCGGUGCUCAGCCACGGUGGAAUGGGUUACGCGAUGGAGUACGACGUGGAGCGCUACCUACGCGAGUGUCUAGUUCCUCGAAUUGCACCGAUCAGUCGGGAGAUGAUAAGUUGAGUUCGUCUACAGUACAUAUCAGACAUAUCAUAAAUUGACGACACGAGAGUGGCUUUGGCCUUUGUGCGGUGACAGGGCCUAGAUUUUUUUGAUGCAGGAUCUGGCCUGGAGAUCGUCGUUUUUUUGUUGCUGUCGCGCAGUGUUUGCUGCUCUCGGAUGCGGCGCAUUGCAGGCAUAGUCCUGUUUCCGGCAGGUUGAAUAGAAAGCGUUUUCCCAAUCGCAGCACUGAUUGGUACUGGAACAGAAAAAAAGCAAAAAAUGGCGCAUAAAAAAAAAUCGAGCUCUCCACUUCUGGAGACAAUGGUAGAAAAACUGUCGGGGCGUUCAGGGAAUCUGGAACU